AUGGAUCAUCUGAUUGACCAACUGGCGCUAAUACAAUAUCCUUUUUCUUUGGAGAAAGAGAGCAUCAUGGGAUGUGAAUGGAGGGAGGCAAUGGCUUGGUUGUUGCAAUCCUUCGACCCGGUGGUUUUCGAACAACUCAAAUCUCAAAAAAGUGAGACAACGGAUACGGACCAUUUAUUGAAUGUGAGUUGUUUUUUUGGUCUAUGUAAUUCUACGGACUAUGAAUUGAUGAAGGGAUCUGUGCCUGAGUUACGUAAAGUGGAGCAUCUGAAUCGUUUAGUAGAGCUAUGUCAUUUGAACCGUAAGGUGCGAAUGCAGGCAUUUGACAUUGAGCAAUGGAGAUCCAGGGCAGCUCGUCUGAUGAGCCACGUGCUCGAAGAUGGGAAUUUGACGUCGAAACAGUUGAAUUUGUUUUCUGCGGAUGUAUACGUGGGUCAUUCGAAGCAGAAAGGAUUGGCAGAAGUUCCUUCUGAGUCUGCGUUGAAUGCAUUAUUAGAUACAGUCCAUCGCGAGCUGGAGAGUCUAGAGGCGCGAAUAAAUGAAGCUAGGGAUAUAGAGAUGCAUGAUCAAGACGACGAGAUGGACAUAGAGACCAAAAUCGAAGAGAGGAAGACAAGUUUGGCCAGUCUCUUUAAGACACUACAAAAAUUGAUUGGCGAUUUCGAGAAUAUGUAUACAUGCAAUGUGGAGCCUUGGAGCGAUCAGGGCGUGCAGAAUUUGGUGGGUAUUGGGCCAGAAUCCAAGAGAGCAUAUGACUUGCAUUUAUGUUUGCAAAAUGCAUUGGACCGUUUUGAGCAUUUGAAGGAAGCGUAUGGCAAAGUAGAGAAUGGAGAAGUUUUACAAGCGUUAGAGAGCGAUGUGGUAUCUUUAGAAGAUUAUGGCAUGAGUUGUCUGAAUGAUCAGAUAGGUAUAUUGGAGGUGGCAUGUCACAGAAUGACAGAAUGAGGGCUUUUUUUGACACAUAAUGUACAUGGCGGUAAUAAGAUAAAUACCAUUUGUAAAGAGAACAAA